AGAUGAUGAUCUUGGGCAAGUUUUAGUGUUAAAGAUAUGUACACCAUAAAUUGAUCCCAAUAACCUUGAUAUCCUCAUUUAAUCAGCACCUAUGCAUCUAAGAUCAGUUUGUUUUAACCUAAAAACUUGAGAUGCUAGAAAAAUGGUAGAUUAAGCUUCUUCUAAUGCACUUUAGACAUGAUGUGAAAAUGAUGCCAUGUUUUUAUUAUGGAUGUUGCUUCUGUUCCUGCAAUGCCAUUUUAAGAUUAGCCUGUUUCUUAUGCUUAUUGAUGAAAUAUGAUUCUCAGCCUGUUCCAUGCUGUUAUUUGAUUGAUAGAUUAGAUACCCAUAAAUGAACAAUUUGUCAAGGUCAGCUCAAAUGUUAUUUUUGGUGGCACUGAAGUGUGCUACAUCACAUGCUUUGCUGGGCUGUAAUAGCUGUCCAGCAGUUGGUGUCUCAUGUGCACUUGCAGUCUUCACCAAGCAACUACCAGUGUGUUUGUCUUCAAAUAAUGGUCAAAGGCAAAAAAUGGCUGCCCAGAAAACUGUGCUGAUUACAGGAUGCUCUCGAGGCAUUGGUCUGGCUCUGGUGGAAGAAUUUGCCAGUAAAGGUUGGCAGGUGCUGGCCACCUGCCGCUCCCCGGACCGUGCCCGCGAGCUCGCCGCGCUGCUCAAGAAGCAGCACCAGCCGGCAGCGAUCGCUCUUGACUCGGCCGACGACGGCUCCAUCACGCGCGCCCUCCAGGCCGUCCAGAAGCUGGGUGUGAGCCAGCUGGAUCUGCUGUUCCACAAUGCUGGCGUGGCGGGUGAGGACAAUCUGCUGAAGACGACGCGUGCCGAGCUGGACUCGACCUUCACCACCAAUGUGUCGGGUCCGAUGGUGAUCACGCAGACGUUCCUGCCCCUGCUGAAGGCCGCCAGCCAGCCCAAGGUGGUUUUUAUGUCGACCAUCAUGUCAUCGCUGGAGAUGAACAUGGGCGGCGGCAUGGCCUGCUACCGCAUCACUAAGACGGCGCUCAACAUGCUCGUGAGGCAGUUCGCUGGGGACGUGCCGGGCCUGAUCUCGAUGGCCAUGCACCCGGGCUGGGUGCAGACGGACCUGGGCAAUUCGGUGGGACCGGCUCCACUCUCUCCGGCCGCCAGCUGCAGCGGCAUGUACGCCGUCAUCGAGUCGGCUUCGAGCGCGCAGAACGGCAAGUUCAUCGACUACCAGGGCCGCCGGGUGCACUGGUGAGGCGGCGGCAGUGACCUCCGCUCCGGCAAGCGACCCCAGCCGGCGGACACGCCGACCGACACUCGUAGUCUGCUCAGUAGCCACUGCGGCGCGGGUUCUGUAAACCCCGCAGUCUCCUCUCCUCUCUGGCACCAGUUCUUUGUUACUGUGCAUGAAUCACGGCUUAGGUGAUGAUACUGAUACUGUUGAUGGGUACUCUGGGAUUGAUUAGUGUGUGCCUUUUAUGGCAUGUGGAUAUGCAUUUGAACUUUGGGUUACUUCAUGUUGGGAUAGUAAAUAUUCACAUAUACCCGUCGCAUUUAAGUCGCCUUGCGACUCCCUAACUCGGUCUGCAGCUGCUAUUGUGAUGAUGAUUUGGACUUCAGGGCACACCAAUUAGCCUGCUAUUGUCAUAUUGUGUGCGACAGUCAAGGCGAGAUAUUCUGAUUUGUUUUGCAAAUACGAAAGGCAUUGUAACAUGGACUCACAGAAACGAAGAUGGAACCCCUAACUCAUGCCUUAUUACAACCGUGACACGUUUGUAUACGGAUCAGCCCAUAUCGCACAAGCCGAAUGAAGUGCUCCGAACACAGGGAAAUAUAUCUUUACCCAUGACUUGAAAGUAGCACCAACAACUUUCAUUCCAGAUCGGGUUACCCCUUUCGUGCAGCACUGCCAUUUACACACCGUCCGUCUUCUCUUGUUGUGCUGCGUUACGCCGCUUUUUAAGGCUCAAUAACGGUCGCACAGUGUCAUCUAAACUGUUCUCAGUCUCAAAGCAUGUUCGUCAGAUGAUGAUUGCUCUUGGCACUGUCUCACAUUUUAUGCCAGACUGACAGAUUUUAAACUGAACACUCAGCAUCAUGUUUUUUUUUCGAUGGCAGGUGCCAGAAAUCUGGAGUUUUCUUUCUUUUUUCUGUAGGGUCUGCCUAUUGUGUCCUUCACAGCUCCUUCCUACCACACUCGCAGUGUACAAGUAUCGGCUGCUUAGUAAUAGUUGAGGCAGUUUUAGCACGCCCUUCUAUCGAUCGCCUCACAGGGUUCCGCUGAGGCCGUUAUGAACGGUCGGUUGUGGCUAUGGUAUGCUAACUGGCUUUAAAACUAGGCUGCGUAGUGCUGUUGUUAAAAGACACUGCGGGCGACCAGUGGCUUGCAGGCCAGUGAGAACUUUUCGUUAGUGGUCCGUUGUUUAAUCUGUUUGUGUUGCUGGUUGUCCUGCACGAAAAGCUAAGUUUCGCGUUUGUGCACUUUCAGCGGUUGUUGAAAGGUAUGCUCUCAUGCCAUUUUCCUUUUUUAUUAGGUGAAGCUUGACACAUCCUCGGAUGCUGUGUGGUUUUCGUUUCGCUUGUUGUGAAAACCUCUGAUAUUCCGACAUCCUGUGCGAUCUCAAUUAGAUCUGUCAUUGGCGGCAUGUGAGCUCUCGAUCCUUGUCCACCGUUUAUUUCGAUUGUAAGUAACUGUCAUUCGCAAGGCGUUUAUUAAAGUGGGCUGUAACUUGGCAUGUCAGUAAAUACGUCCGGUUGCAUUCCUUCAGCAUACGAAUGUCAAUGAUUCCUCAGUUUAUUGUUUCCGUUUUGGUGGGCUCGCCACCCCGUCCUAUGACAUCCACCGGGUAUCGUUUGUCGUCUUCAGCGGUAGCGUUGAGCGGUUUUAUGUGUUACUGUGUUGUAGUGGGUAUGCUCUACCCAACUGGUCGUACUUUCUGUCCAUGUUAGAUGACCUUGUGUCUCUGCAAAGUUUUGGCAAUACUCGACACGCGCCUACCGCGCCCUGCGUCCGUCCAUGGUGAUCGCUGGUUUCGUCGUCUGAUGGUUGGGUCUGACUGGAUCUGCUGGCUGUUACACCCCACGCUAGUGUCUGAACCCGUUGGCUGUAAUUGCUCUGGUAACGAACUAUACUUCCAGAGCGCCAUUUUGAACAUUGUCUGGAGCAUUAUCCUUUUCAUCAUAAUACAGUUGUUCUGCAAU